ACAUUUUAUUGAAUGGUAUACUGUACAUAGUGUGGAAAGUGGGAAGUGGGAAGUGGAAACGGUUCCAUUCCCACCAUCGUUUAACUCCCAAACUCCCAGGCAGUAUCCAACGUAAAUCCUUAAACAAUGCCUUGUUCACUCUCUCUGUCAUCUCUCCCUCUUUUUCCUCACCACAAAACUACUCCUUUCCCUCUCACUCUAAAAUCUUAUCCACUUCACCACCUCAAUGUGAAAUCCUCAAUUAACAAAAAUCCCUCCACCGAUUCCAGUUCCAACUCCAACACCGACAACAACACCAAACCCAGUUCCUGGGUAAGCCCAGAUUGGCUUACUUCACUAUCUAGGUCCCUAACCACAGGGAAAGACGAUUCUGGCAUUCCUCUAGCAAGUGCCAAGCUUGAUGAUGUUUCUGAUCUUCUGGGUGGUGCUCUUUUUCUCCCUUUGUUCAAAUGGAUGAAAGAGUAUGGCCCCAUUUACCGGCUUGCCGCUGGCCCAAGAAAUUUUGUGGUAGUUAGUGACCCUGCCAUUGCCAAGCAUGUGCUCAAGAAUUAUGGGAAAUAUGCUAAGGGUCUUGUUGCUGAGGUCUCAGAGUUCCUCUUUGGGUCUGGUUUUGCAAUUGCUGAAGGUCCACUCUGGAUGGCGAGGCGCAGGGCUGUUGUUCCAUCUCUUCACAAACGAUACUUGUCAAUUAUAGUGGAUAGGGUAUUUUGUAGAUGUGCUGAGAGAUUAGUGGAGAAGCUACAACCUGAUGCACUCAAUGGAACUGCUGUUAACAUGGAGGACAAGUUUUCGCAGUUGACUCUUGAUGUUAUCGGUUUAUCUGUAUUCAACUACAACUUUGAUUCACUUAAUGUGGAGAGCCCUGUUAUUGAUGCUGUUUACACUGCAUUGAAAGAGGCAGAGGCUCGAUCAACUGAUCUUUUGCCAUAUUGGAAGGUUAAAUUUCUUUGUAAGAUAAUCCCAAGACAAAUAAAGGCUGAAAAGGCUGUUAGUGUUAUCAGGAAAACUGUUGAGGAUCUUAUUGAAAAAUGUAAAGUGAUUGUAGAAUCUGAGGGUGAAAGAAUUGAUGUUGAUGAAUAUGUGAAUGACACUGAUCCUAGUAUCCUCCGGUUCUUGCUUGCCAGCAGAGAAGAGGUUUCUAGUGUGCAAUUAAGGGAUGAUCUUCUGUCACUAUUAGUUGCGGGUCAUGAGACCACUGGUUCAGUGUUGACCUGGACAAUUUAUCUUCUAAGUAAGGAUUCUUCCUCAUUGGCAAAAGCACAAGAAGAGGUAGACAGAAUUUUACAGGGAAGGCGUCCUGCCUAUGAAGAUAUUAAAGAUCUUAAGUUCUUGACACGCUGCAUUAUUGAGUCACUCCGGCUUUACCCACAUCCUCCUGUAUUGAUAAGAAGAGCUCAAGUUCCCGAUGAGCUUCCUGGUGCUUACAAAGUCAAUGCUGGUCAAGAUAUUAUGAUUUCUGUGUACAACAUACAUCAUUCUUCUGAGGUUUGGAAUAGAGCUGAAGAGUUUUUGCCAGAAAGAUUUGAUUUGGAUGGUCCAGUGCCAAAUGAAACAAAUACGGAUUUCAGAUUCAUUCCAUUCAGUGGAGGACCCCGCAAGUGUGUUGGUGAUCAGUUUGCUUUAUUGGAAGCUACAGUUGCUCUUGCAAUCUUUCUACAGCACAUGAACUUUGAGCUGGUUCCUGAUCAGAAUAUUAGUAUGACUACAGGUGCAACAAUACAUACAACAAAUGGCCUGUACAUGAAACUGAGCCAACGGUUGAAAUAGUUAACAUCUAGUUCAUCUUCUUCUCGUAAGCUGUAAAAUUGUCUAUUACUAUCAGCAUAUCAAAUUCUUAUGUUGAUAUGCUGAUUGAAAUUAGUUUCGACAAUCAAAUCAUUUGUUCAUAUUUUCUAAAUGUUGUAAAGAAGUUUAAUUGAAUUACAAAGUGAAUAACUAGUAGAGACAAGUUCCAUUUAUAGAAUCCUGGUCUCUACCUGAAAU